UCCUCCAUUCACAUUGUAACAUGGGAUGUAUAUAUAGCCAUCUCCUUUGAAUUUCAUCUGCAGCAGUGCUCCCCAACUCAAUCAAACCAUAUAGCUAGCCACUGCAUUUGUAAUCCCCAAGCAAGAUGAAGAACCCAUUUCAGCUCGGUGUUGGAAUUCGUGUCAGCUCGCUUUCGCACAUUGUCAAGAAGCCACAUUCUGCAGCAGGAUACUUACCUGCAACAGCCGAUCAGGCACAAUUCCCCAAUAACAGACCUUGUACUGCCAUGGAUUCUCAGCCUUUGAAGCAAGGGCAUGGCAGAAGGAGAGAAGGGAUGCUCACAAGGAUCAACAGUUUGGGAAAGAAAGCUGACACCUUUGCCAACAGUGUUAAGGAGCAUGUGAGAUUGGGACCCAAGAUCAGUGAGACAGUGAAAGGGAAGUUGAGCUUGGGGGCUAAGAUUCUUCAAGGUGGAGGAGUGGAGAGAAUUUUCAGGCAGUUGUUCAGUGUUGAUGUGGAUGAGAAGUUGUUGAAGGCAUCACAAUGCUACCUUUCUACCACAGCUGGUCCAAUUGCAGGCCUCUUGUUCAUCUCGAGCUGCAAGCUCGCCUUCUGCAGCGAGAGAUCAAUCAAGUUCUCGUCACCAAAUGGGGAAUCGAUCAGAGUACGAUACAAGGUGUUGAUCCCACUCAGCAAGAUUGAAAGAAUCAGAGAGAGUGAGAAUGCAAAGAGACCUUCUCAGAAGUAUGUGGAAGUGGUGACUGUGGACAAUUUUGAUUUCUGGUUCAUGGGGUUCCUGAAUCAUCAGAAAGCUCUCAAACACCUUGAACAGGCCAUCUCGAUGAACCAGCGAUUCGGAUACUAGUUACAGUAAGCUAGGUGGAGAGUGAUUAAUGUGAAUAUGAAGGAAGAAAGAAAGGAGAAGUAAUCAACAUUUAUUGUAGGAAAUUAUUGUGUAGCUAUUUUCAUUAUCGAUCCUCUCGAACUCAAUGGAAAAUCUUGGAAGAGUUAUCUGAUCCCCACUGGUCUUCUUGCCACUGAUUCUUCUUCUACUGCUUACUUUCUGCAUUAAGCAAGUAGACAACUUUUUGAUGCAUGACUACAGUAAGCCAUGCUACAGCAGAAUGGAAUUCCCCAAUGAAC